GUGUCCCUUGCCAAAAUCCGGAAAACUUGAAAAGUUUUUUUUUAGAAUAAAAACAGCUAGUAUUAUUGUGAGAACCAUCAGUCGUGAAAUCCCGAUGCGAGACGUGUUAUCCCAAUUAGACCUUAAUUCUCUCUAUCCGAUCUAUCAGUUCCCCUUAGAUUCCAAAAUAUCCAUUAAAUUUUUCCUCAGUUAGUUUUUCAUAAGUUAGUUUUUCAUUAGUAUAACUUGCCUUAACACAAAGCCGUCGUUACUGGUAUGCACAGGUCUAUGUUAAGGCUGCCAUUACCAAAAUAAAACUCCCUACACAAUCUCCCUUUCACAUUCGGCUCCGGUCGAAACCGGUCAGUGGGGGGACAAAAAAUUUGGAAAAUAUUUGCAUCGGCCUAAUCAGACUCCCAAGUUACUACAGAUAGAAGAUAUCACGCAGCAGACUUUAACAACAGCUGUACAGACUUCUUGCGCAAGGCUUAAGUUUGACGGUGUAAGUGUGCGGUGGUUUUUGUUAUCUCUUGGCAGCUGUCACAUUACCACAUUUAUUUCGAAAUCCAGGCGUACAAGACAUCAAGUUUCAACGCGGUGUUCCAAAUUACCUCGUAAAAAAGAAGGUUCAAAAUGUAAAAGUUACCUGCAUUACGUGAUUGGAUUGUCAUCUUCCACUUACAUGGUUUUUAAUCAAAUACUCAUCGAAAGUGGUACGCAGCAGAAACAGCGACAAUAUAAACUCGUCUCAAACAACAACGAACUCUUCAAACAAACAUGAACAACAAACAAAUGCCUCUGUUAAUGGGUGCCAUCGACAAAAGUGAUGUCCUGGAGAUCGAAAAUCUCCUAAACACUUUUGCAGAUCUUAUCAUCAUUGACAAGAAUGUCAAAAUAGAAACACCACUACAUAGAGCUGUCACCAUCGGCAAUGCAGACGUUGUUCGACUUUUUCUGGCCAAGGGAGCCUACAAUGAAGCAAAGAACGCAGAUAACAAGACGCCCUUUGAGUUGUGUUCGCAUUUGGAUGACCAACAAAAGCAAGCAAUCGAGGCCGUCUUCAAUGAUUAUUUCAAAAACACCUUCAUCAAACGACCGGGAACAGCCGCCGUGGGUCAGUUUUACGAAACGAAACUCCUGACGAUGGUUUUGUUUCGGUUGCUUCAAGAUGGCCAAAUCGAGGACUUUUACUUGGGAAACAACUUGGACGAUGCCGGUGCUUUUGACGACGUCGUGUUCAGGACCUUCGAUGGAGGUAAAUCCCGUGUUUGCUGUGUUCAAACUAAACACAAAAAACCAGACCAUACUAUAAAUUUUCGAGAUUUGAUUAAUACUAAAGAUACAAGUGGAGAUUUUCAUUUGAGUAAAUAUUAUGAGAGCUAUCUCAAGAUUCGGUACAUGUUUGGCCCGACCAGUAAGUCCCUGAUAUUUCAAGGAGAAUAUGAUGCAUCUGAGUUAGAACUAAUAAUUUUCACGCCAGCUAAGUUAAAUUUACCAAAUGCAUCUAACUGUACAAAUUCAACCGAGUUAAACACACUACAUACAAAAGAGUCUGGAAAGAUAGUUCAAAUAAAGUACACAGAGGCUUUAAAAGAAUCUUUUAGAGCAUGGCAUAAGAAUGUAGUGGCAGAGAUGCUGGCCAGGCUACUAUUAUUACAGAACUGCGACACAAAAAAUUUAAAAAAUGGAAUCAAAACGCUGAAAUAUGAAAACAACAACAACUACAAUAGUUCUGAUCUACUGCAACUUUUCAGCAAUGAAAAGGUAAUGGAAGUUUCCAGUAGAAAAGCCAAAACUUUAGGUUUAGAAGUUUCAAAAAUUCUUGAGGAUCCUUUUAUUCCCACUGAUGAGGAGCUUGAGCAACUUUCAAACGAUUUUUUGGAAAAACUAAGAUUCUACUUGGAACAAGCCACAGAGGACAACUUGGAAGAAAUUGUUAGGCGCAACAUUAAAGCAACAAAAAAAUACGAUAAUGACGAACUGAUUUAUUCUAAAUCUUACGCUGCAGUCGAACGCUGGUGGAAGCAAUCUGGACAUGUACGGUUUCUUGAUAAAAAUUGCGCAUAUUUUGAAAUGACUGCAAAUGAAGUGGAAUUAGAGAAAUUACAUUACAUAGGAAUGGACAAAAUAAGAAAUAACUUUGUCCAAUUUGACAUUGAGGAGGCAAAAAAAUCCACGUGGGCUAACUUUUACCAGCGAAAUCUAAAAGGGAACUCAUUUUGUAUGAAUGUUUUUACCAGUACCCCUAAAAUAAGUUCCUUGAAACUGGUACAGUACUUCCGCGAUCAAGGAACCGAAUAUAAAUAUGUUUUCAUUCGUGAAACAGAAAUCGAACAAAUUGUUAAAGUAUUAGCUACCAUAAAACCGAAAUGUUUAAUUUUGGCAUAUCUAUCAGAAACAGAUGCGAAAGCUAUCGGGAAAAUUCGUCAAAAUAUCGAUAAACUAAUCAUUAUUACUAAAAAACAAUGCUGUAGCGACUGCAGUUCAAUAGCUGACGAAACAAUUUUAUGCGAUCUUGAACAUGAAUGUCAGAAGAACCUUCUCGAAAGGGACGUUUUGUUUCAAGGCAACUUGGUGCCGUUGGAAACAUUAAUGAACGAAGCUCCAAUAACUUUGCUGGAUGCAGUAACUUUGGAAAAGCUCAUUAAUGGUGAACGAUUAGUCAUUUCAACAGCAAGUUCUUUUGAUAAAAAUGAUAAUUCAUUGAGAUUUUAUAUUGAUCGAGUUCUGCUUGAUGCAAAACAGCAAACAUUUGAGCCCAUGAAAAUUCGCGAUAAAGUCGCACUUGUCGUAGCGGCACCAGGAAUGGGAAAAUCAACUUUACUUACUUGGCUUGCUGCUCAAAUGAAAAAUGACAAUCUUGCGAGUUGGAUAGUAAGAAUCAAUCUCUUGGACUGUUCUGCCCAAUUUGAUCAAUGGAAUAAAAACAAUACUACACUGAGAAAUGAACAAGUGUUGAACUUUUUAAUGAAUCAUUUAAACUUUCAGGAAAGUGACUCAACAAGCGAGGUUGAAUCGUUCGAAAGGAAGGUUUUUCGAUGGUUUUGUGAUCAUCAGAAAAUAUGUUUUCUUUUUGACGGUUUUGAUGAAAUCAGUCCCAAUUACACAAGCAUGGCAACAACAUUGAUACAGAUUUGUAGAGAUAACUUUGCUGGUAAACUUUGGGUGACAACUCGUUUUGGUGAAUUUCAAAAAGAACUGGAAGAAAUUCUUAAAGUUGACGCAUUUACGUUGAAACCGCUUGUUAGAAAGGAGGCUGAAAAUUAUAUUUUAAAUUUUUGUACAAAAAUAUUAAAAAAUAAUACAAAUGAAAGAAACACUUUUGACGAUUACUUAAAUCGCGUUCUAUCGAAUCUACCUCAAUCCACUCGUCAUGGAGAGCAUGAUUUAAUAAGUAUACCAUUGCAGAUAAAAAUGAUAGCUGAGUUAAUUGAAUACAAUUUUCAAACUUAUUGCAACACGCAUGAUGGCCAGUUUAAAUUAGAAAAAAUUGAUUCAGUCACAUUAUACGAAAAAUUCAUUGAUUUGAAAUUCAAUGUAUGGGUCAAGGAAAAAACUACCAUCAAUACAACGAUUCUAUCCAACAAGCAACAUAUAAAUGAACAUAGAGAAAAAAAUAAAGAUAAUUACAGGUUAGCUGCAAUCUGUACUCUGUUCAACGCAGAUGAAACAAAAAUAGUUCUGUCAAAGACAGAAUUGAAAGCUGUGCAUAUAUUUUUACAUCAAAUGAAAAAUUCUGUUGACAGGACUGGAUUUAUAGUACUAGUAGCUGAUGGAAAGGCUAAGUUUGUUCAUCAAACCUUAGCUGAAUAUUUUGUGGCACAGUUUUUAUGGGAUAAAUACUCAACGUUAGAGGGUGAUGAACUUGAAAAUUUCAUCCAUGAUAUUAUAAUCAAAUGUCUUAUCCUUAAAGAUCGUACUCAGAUUGUAUUUUUUUUGGCGGAAAUAGCGUCAAUAAAAAUAAAUGAAUGCUCUGAUUUUUGUUUCAAAGCUAGUAUUCUAUUAAAGCAACUUUUAAAGAUUUUGCCAUCUUCCCGGCGCGAGUUUGAAAGAAAAGCAUUCUCCUACGCAUUAGGUAUUGUUGAAAAUUCUAUAAUAACAGAUGAAAUUGAAAUCUUUGAUAAAUUUAAAAAAUAUAAUGGUACACAUAUUCUCAAACAUCAUCGCAUAAUCCUUCUGAAAGCUGCCGAGUUUGGUUAUAUCUCGCUUGUUAGCUUAAUAACAUAUAACAAACCAGGCUGCAUAAAUGAUUCCAUAAAUUGGCUGAAUGGUUGGACAGCGUUACACUUUGCAGCGCACCGAGGACAUAUUAAAAUUGUGAAGCGUCUUUUAAACUUAUCAGCUAACGUCAAUAGUGCUACGGAGGAAAACGGUCAGACGGCGUUACACAUGGCUUCCGAAAUGGGAUAUAUUUCUAUAGUUCAGCUGUUAUUGUAUAAAGGUGCACAGGUCAACUCUGCCUCGAAACAUAGCGGAAUAACUCCGUUGCAUCUAGCAGCGCAGAAAGGAUUUGCUGAAAUUGUGUCACUGUUGUUGACAAAAGGAGCAGCAAUCGAUAGAGCAACGACUGUUUAUGGACAAACUGCCUUACAUUUUGCUUCCAGUAAAGGCUACUUAGAAACUGUUCGAAUAUUGACAAAACAUCGAGGAAACGUGAACAUUAAGACUCAAAAGAAAUCAACGCCACUGCACCUUGCUACCAGAAAUGGUCAUUUUGAUGUCGCCCGUUUAUUAUUGGAAAAAGGUGCUGAUCCAAAUAACACUACAGAGAAAGGACAGAAAAGCUUCAUAGAAAAGGCUUUUGAUUUUUUUAAAAAUAAUUUGGGUAAUGUCAACGAGGAAAUCAUUGAGGAAGGUUGGACACCGUUACAUUCAGCUGCUAAAAAUAAUGACGUGAAGAUUGCUAUAAUGUUGUUAGAAAAUGGUGCUGACAUUGAAAGUACUGAUGCUCUUGAGGAACUUACUCCCUUAUUGGUUGCAACGAAAGAAGGUCACUUUGAAAUGGUGAAAACUCUGGUAAGCAAAGGAGCAAACGUCAAUUUUGUAUCUAGUGAUAAAGGAUGGACUGCUUUGCACUGGGCGGCAUUUGAAAACUUCAAAAAAAUUGUAGGAUUAUUGUUGAAAAAUGGGGCUAUAAAAAGUUCUACUACGACGGAUGGAAAAACUGCUCAAGACGUCGCUAAUACGAAGAAACACACCGAUAUUGUACAUAUGCUAUUGGCCGAAACCUCAUCUUUCAUUACGUUUGAUUUGGAAUCCGAAUCUGAAUCACUAAAUUUAAUACAAAACUGUCUACCUAAGCUGCAUCCCGCGGUUACAAAAGAACGAAUUGACGUUGAUUUUGAACUGAAAACUGAAGAUUUGACGCCACUAAUGCGCGCUUGCUAUCUUGGUAAUUUGAAAGAAGUGCUAGUUUUGCUCGAUGAAGGUGCAAACGUUCGUCUAGGAAAUACUAAAAAAGCUUUCACACCAUUACACUGUGCAGCACAACAAAACUACCCUGAAAUCAUCCGGUUGUUGGUUGCAAAUGGGGCCGACAUUGACUGCGUAACCUCUGAUGAAGGCCGAACUCCUUUGUUUCAGGCGUCUGUUAACGGUGCCAUUGAUGCUGUCAAAAUUCUCCUCGAAAUGGGAGCAAACGUUCGCCUAGGAAGGACUGACGAUGCUUCGACGCCAUUACACUGUGCUGCGAAAAAUAAUUACCCUGAAAUUAUACGGUUGCUGGUUGAGAAGGGAGCCGACAUUGACUGCGUAACCUCUGAUGAAGGCCGAACUCCUUUAUUUGAGGCAUCUUUAAGCGGCGCCAUUGAUGCUGUCAAAAUUCUCCUCGAAAUGGGAGCAAACGUUCAUUUAGGAAGAACAGACACUGCUUCGACGCCAUUACACUGUGCAGCACAAAAUAACUACCCUGAAAUCAUCCGGUUGUUGGUUGCGAAGGGAGCCGACAUUGACUGCGUAACCUCUGAUGAAGGUGUAACUCCUUUGUUUGUGGCAUCUUUAAGCGGCGCCAUUGCUGCUGUCAAAAUUCUCCUCGAAAUGGGAGCAAACGUUCAUUUAGGAAGAACAGACACUGCUUCGACGCCAUUACACUGUGCAGCACAAAAUAACUACCCUGAAAUCAUCCGGUUGUUGGUUGCGAAGGGAGCCGACAUUGACUGCACAACCUCAGAUGAUGGUCGAACUCCUUUGUUUGUGGCAUCUUUAAGCGGCGCCAUUGAUGCUGUCAAAAUUCUCCUCGAAAUGGGAGCAAACGUUCUCCUAGGAAGAACUGACACUGCUUACUCGCCAUUACACUGUGCAGCACAAAAGAACUAUCCCGAAAUCAUCCGGUUGUUGGUUGCGAAGGGAGCCGACAUUGACUGCGUAACCUCUGAUGAAGGCCGAACUCCUUUAUUUGAGGCAUCUUUAAGCGGCGCCAUUGAUGCUGUCAAAAUUCUCCUCGAAAUGGGAGCAAACGUUCAUUUAGGAAGAACAGACACUGCUUCGACGCCAUUACACUGUGCAGCACAAAAUAACUACCCUGAAAUCAUCCGGUUGUUGGUUGCGAAGGGAGCCGACAUUGACUGCACAACCUCAGAUGAUGGUCGAACUCCUUUGUUUGUGGCAUCUUUAAGCGGCGCCAUUGAUGCUGUCAAAAUUCUCCUCGAAAUGGGAGCAAACGUUCUCCUAGGAAGAACUGACACUGCUUACUCGCCAUUACACUGUGCAGCACAAAAGAACUAUCCCGAAAUCAUCCGGUUGUUGGUUGCGAAGGGAGCCGACAUUGACUGCGUAACCUCUGAUGAAGGCCGAACUCCUUUGUUUGUGGCAUCUUUAAGCGGCGCCAUUGCUGCUGUCAAAAUUCUCCUCGAAAUGGGAGCAAACGUUCAUUUAGGAAGAACAGACACUGCUUCGACGCCAUUACACUGUGCAGCACAAAAUAACUACCCUGAAAUCAUCCGGUUGUUGGUUGCGAAGGGAGCCGACAUUGACUGCGUAACCUCUGAUGAAGGCCGAACUCCUUUGUUUGUGGCAUCUUUAAGCGGCGCCAUUGCUGCUGUCAAAAUUCUCCUCGAAAUGGGAGCAAACGUUCAUUUAGGAAGAACAGACACUGCUUCGACGCCAUUACACUGUGCAGCACAAAAUAACUACCCUGAAAUCAUCCGGUUGUUGGUUGCGAAGGGAGCCGACAUUGACUGCACAACCUCAGAUGAUGGUCGAACUCCUUUGUUUGUGGCAUCUUUAAGCGGCGCCAUUGAUGCUGUCAAAAUUCUCCUCGAAAUGGGAGCAAACGUUCUCCUAGGAAGAACUGACACUGCUUACUCGCCAUUACACUGUGCAGCACAAAAGAACUAUCCCGAAAUCAUCCGGUUGUUGGUUGCGAAGGGAGCCGACAUUGACUGCGUAACCUCUGAUGAAGGCCGAACUCCUUUAUUUGAGGCAUCUUUAAGCGGCGCCAUUGAUGCUGUCAAAAUUCUCCUCGAAAUGGGAGCAAACGUUCAUUUAGGAAGAACAGACACUGCUUCGACGCCAUUACACUGUGCAGCACAAAAUAACUACCCUGAAAUCAUCCGGUUGUUGGUUGCGAAGGGAGCCGACAUUGACUGCACAACCUCAGAUGAUGGUCGAACUCCUUUGUUUGUGGCAUCUUUAAGCGGCGCCAUUGAUGCUGUCAAAAUUCUCCUCGAAAUGGGAGCAAACGUUCUCCUAGGAAGAACUGACACUGCUUACUCGCCAUUACACUGUGCAGCACAAAAGAACUAUCCCGAAAUCAUCCGGUUGUUGGUUGCGAAGGGAGCCGACAUUGACUGCGUAACCUCUGAUGAAGGCCGAACUCCUUUAUUUGAGGCAUCUUUAAGCGGCGCCAUUGAUGCUGUCAAAAUUCUCCUCGAAAUGGGAGCAAACGUUCAUUUAGGAAGAACAGACACUGCUUCGACGCCAUUACACUGUGCAGCACAAAAUAACUACCCUGAAAUCAUCCGGUUGUUGGUUGCGAAGGGAGCCGACAUUGACUGCACAACCUCAGAUGAUGGUCGAACUCCUUUGUUUGUGGCAUCUUUAAGCGGCGCCAUUGAUGCUGUCAAAAUUCUCCUCGAAAUGGGAGCAAACGUUCUCCUAGGAAGAACUGACACUGCUUACUCGCCAUUACACUGUGCAGCACAAAAGAACUAUCCCGAAAUCAUCCGGUUGUUGGUUGCGAAGGGAGCCGACAUUGACUGCGUAACCUCUGAUGAAGGCCGAACUCCUUUGUUUGUGGCAUCUUUAAGCGGCGCCAUUGCUGCUGUCAAAAUUCUCCUCGAAAUGGGAGCAAACGUUCAUUUAGGAAGAACAGACACUGCUUCGACGCCAUUACACUGUGCAGCACAAAAGAACUGCCCCGAAAUCAUCCGGUUGUUGGUUGCGAAGGGAGCCGACAUUGACUGCGUAACCUCUGAUGAAGGUGUAACUCCUUUGUUUGUGGCAUCUUGGAACGGCGCCAUUGCUGCUGUCAAAAUUCUCCUCGAAAUGGGAGCAAACGUUCAUUUAGGAAGAACUGACACUGCUUCGACGCCAUUACACUGUGCAGCAGAAAAGAACUGCCCCGAAAUCAUCCGGUUGUUGGUUGCGAAGGGAGCCGACAUUGACUGCACUACUUCAGAUGAUGGUCGAACUCCCUUGCAUGUGGCUGCUUGGAAGGGAAAUUCCAAGGCUGCUAUGGUUUUGCUAGAACAUGGCGCCAGCUAAAAUAUUGAAACAAAGCCAGGCGGAGUUACACCUCUCAGCCUGGCAACAGGUUUUAAUUAGAUAGUUGAGCUGCUUUCCGAUAGAGGUGCUUGUUGAAGGCUAAGUAAAUGAUGAAUCUUAUUGAAGUCGAGAAAUAGCUUGUGGAUUGUUACGCUGCAGUUGAAGAAAAAUAUUACUAGAAGCGUGUUCUGAACACUGUCUUCGUUGCAAAACUUCCAUCACUUAAUACACUAUGUUUUCCGUUUUUCGAAUCGAGUGGACUGUAUUUUCCUUCGCGCGCUUCUUUUCUUUUCAGCUACACGCUAAACACUGUCCCUUUAUUUCGCUGAUGCAAGGUACACGGAAAAUUACAUGUGAAAUAAAAACUAGCCAAAGUUUUUGCACAGAAGGUGCGCAUCAUUUCAAACUCGUCCAACACAUUAGGAGCCGGGUUUCUUACAUCUCAGAAUAUUCGUCAGAUCACCAUUCGUUUGCAUCCCUUUCGUGGGAUUUCAUUUAUCGCAAACUAAUAGCUAUGGGAAAUUGUUUCAAUGCUGCCGACGAUGUUUUGAUUGAAGUUUUGGUCCGUUAAUAACAUAAUUUGGACAACAUGAACUGGGGUAAAUGGGUUGAUUGAUGAACAAGACGAUACAGACUUACCAAAACUUUGGUUAUUGUCAAAGAUGAGAUCAUCGUUACUCACCUGGAAGAGAAAAGCGAAGUAUUUCAUCAGUAAAAAUGUUUCUUAGCAAUUAUGGAUAUUGGACUCUCGACAAAAAAUCGACAAGUUUUUAUUGAUCAAAACCGAACGCAAACAUGAUCAAGGCGAAACCGCUCAAAUUUAAACAAAACACGCAGUCAAGAAACCAGCCGGUUGGUUCGUUUCAAAACCUAAGCAUCUGCUCGUUGGGGCAGGUGAGUUAGUUUGUGUGGCAGACUUGGUCCCGGAAGAAUGCAGCUCUAGAAAAGGGGCGGCAAAAAAUGCAUUCAUGAUGGAGAAGGGGAGAAUAAAAAGACGGGCAGAAUCAGAACAAAAAAUGUGGCAGAAAGAAAUGAAGGAGAGGAGGAACAAAAAAAUACUAACAAUACCGUUGUUGACCGGCAAAGAGUUUAACUGAGUUGCCAAAUUCACUUACUUUUUCAAAAUGUUCAGUAGGCCAUGCUCCAAUUAAAGAAGGAAACGAUUAAAACUGGAAUUGUUAGGGUUAAAAGGAACCAUACAGUUGUAUAAUAUUCAAUGUAAAUAAAACUGACUGUUUUAAGAUUUAAGAAAAUGCUGAUCUAUACAAAAAAAUAAAAUUAUAAAAAAGA